UUUUUUGUCUUUGUCAAUGUCAGCUAACAAAAUGGUUGAAAAGCGCAAGCAAACGUUUCAUUUGCUGUUCUGCGUGCGAAACAUGAAAGUUAAAAAUUUUAGUUUGGUUAUUUCUUGCGUCUGUUUCUCUCUUUCAGUACAGGAUACGAACUCCAAAAAUACAAAUAAAGCAACAGCAAAGCAAUCAGUGGUUUCUGCCAAGAAAGUAGUAUGCAGAGCAUUGAACGGGAAAAUUUUAAACACCUGUUGUACCGGAUCACCGAUCUCUGAUUAUUUCUCGGCUGGUCAGAAAACAGUAUGCAACAGUUACACAAAAAAUGCAGCGCUGUUCUCCUCGACAAAAGAGUACAAGCUUCACAAACUGGCAAAUGCCAAAAACAACAGUAUCCCGCUCUCUACUUCAACUUUUUUGACAAUGGGAACUGAAGCGUGCUUCAUAGAAUGUCUUUUUUCAAAUGCUAAGCUGAUCGCCGAUGAUGAAACAGUCAGCGCAGACUUGGUUUCGACCUAUUUAUCGGAAAAUCUCGAUGAAACGUGGGCGAGCGUUGUACAAACAGCAGUAACAGACUGUGCCACAAAUAUCGCUACAAUUGUGGAAGCCGUUCCGUCGGUUGACGUGACUAUCAAGCGAAGAGUGAUCAAAACUUGCAGCAUCGCGCCUCUUCUAUACAUACAUUGCGUCAUCAGGGCGGUUAAUUUGGAUUGUCCGUCAAGUGCUCAAAAGAACACCACAGCUUGCAAGAAAGUUCUGGAGUCGUUCACAACUUGUGAUCCUUUUGCAACUUCUUAAAAAUAAUAAAAGAGAUGGUUAUAA